GCACCAGGCAACCCACCAGCAGGCCGCAGUUCACGCUUGGCUGACGACCGACCCCCAUUCGUUCUAGCCCUCCCUCCGACACUCCGAUCCAUUACUCGCUAUGGACGCGGCGGGCGGCGACCAGCUAAGCCUGGCCGCGGUGCGCGACGCGCUGGUGCGGCUGGAGGACUCCGUGGUGUUCGCGCUCAUCGAGCGCGCCCGGCAUCCGCGGAACGCGCCAGCCUACGCGCCCGCCGCCACCGCUGGAGAACAUUCGCUCGUGGAGUUCUUCGUCCGGGAAGCAGAGGCCCUCAACGCAAAGGCUGGACAUUAUCAAAAGCCAGAAGAUGUUCCAUUCUUCCCUCAAGAUCUACCCUCACCUCUCUUUCCUACAAAGCCUUCCCCAAAGGUCUUGCACCCUUUUGCUUCAUUGGUCACCGUGAAUGAUGCAAUAUGGAAAAUGUAUUUUGAUGAAUUGCUCCCGUUAUUCACUGUUGAUGGUGAUGAUGGCAGCUAUGCACAAACAGUUGCACUGGAUUUAGCGUGUCUGCAGGUUCUAUCACAAAGAAUUCAUAUUGGUAAAUAUGUUGCUGAGGUGAAGUUCAAAGACGCUCCUCAAGAAUAUAGUCGACUAAUAAAAGAAAAGGACAGCAAUUCUCUGAUGGAUAUGCUGACAUUCAAGGCUGUGGAAGAGAAGGUCAAGAAGAGAGUAGAGAAGAAGGCUAGGACGUUCGGGCAGAACGUCACCUUGGAUGACAAUGCCACUGCUGGUGACAGCGAGUGCAAGGUCGAUCCCAAAGUGCUCUCCAAGCUGUAUGAUCAGUGGGUGAUGCCACUGACCAAGGAUGUCGAAGUCGAGUAUCUCCUGCGCCGCCUCGACUGAUCAGUGAUCACCCGAUUAGCUGUAGCUGCGAACUUUAUGUACGCGUGGGUUUCAGUUUGCUUUGCACAUGCCCUUUAUGGCUUUAUCGUUCAAACUCAACUACGAGAGAACGUUACCAGGAUCUGGCCUUCGUCUUUGUCAGCCUGCUUGCCCGUCAUCUGCAUGAGUAGUCCAACUGUAAGUGACGCUUGGUAUGGAAUGUAAGAAAAGUAAUACAACUGGUUACAUGUUAUCUUUAAUCUCCUGUUGUUCGUCUGUAAGUGACUGGCAACACAGUAGGGUACCAAUUCUCUGGUUCAGAAACGUAUUAUGUUUCUUGCUUACGUGACAAAUACCAAACAAAAUAGUUACA